CGCGUGUGGGAAGUCCUGUCAUGUGACACUAAUUCUCGUAAAACAUAGAAUAUCUGAGCAAUCCAACACCAAAUUGCCAUGGAAAUAAAAGAUUAGUGGGGGAUUGCACCGCUAGAAAAGCUAGUGACGCCGUGUGUAAUGGCUUCAUCCUGCGGAGAUGAAGAGGGCGUUGCAUGGAGACACAUCGGUGCAGCCUCGGAGCUCUCCAGAAAGAGAUGCCGCCUGGUGUACUCUUCCCUCGGCCAUCAGUCGGAUGUGUGCCUCUUCUUCGUGAAGGGGGAGUUCUUCGCCUUGGAUGCCCGCUGCGCACACUCUGGAGGCCCUCUAUGUCAAGGUGACAUUGAAGAGGCUGAUGGGAUCCUGCGGGUCUUCUGUCCAUGGCAUGACUACGACUUUGACCUCAGGACUGGGAUGUCAGGAACAUCACUAAGGCAACAAGUGCAUGAGGUCAAACUGGAGGACGGUGACGUGUACGUGAAGCAUGCAAGCUGUCUCUCCUUGCAGCCAUUUCCUGUCCAUCACAAGAGCUGAGCUUCAUCACCUCCCUCCAUCUCCGUCACACCGCCAAGUCUCUUGAUUACAUGGACAUCCAGUCGGGAGUAAGCACUUUCAGGUUAUUUAUAAGAAAGCAUUCCUGAACAUUAUCUGUCACUUUCAUCAGACUUUGUACUUUGAUUGCGAAGGAACUCAGACAGUGAUGAUAUCAGACAGUUGUCUCAAGGAGACAUCAGGUCAUUGUGUUAACAUAGACAGAUGAGCUGCACACUUUUCGGUCAACACACAAAACUUGAACUCUGAAACCACCAUUUUUAGUUUUCCAGUUUCCAUUCCAAAAUAUUGUGCAUAAUUGUGCUUUUACCUCAAGGUAAGUGCCCCGGGGUUAAGGUAUUAUUUGGGCUAAUUCAGAUCAAUCCCAUAGUUAGUGGAUUAGUUUAUACCUGCAGCUUUCUGAUGUAUUUUACACCAUGCUUCUAGUUAGGGUAUAUUCCGGGCGACAACAAUAGCUCAUAACAGUUAGAUUAUGUUUGCCAUAACAAAGCCAUAGCUAUUGUCGUAAGAACUUAAGUGAUUUUAGUUAUCACAAAAAAUGGCACCUUAUCAGCUCUUACAUUAAACUUUUAUGAGCUAUUUUUGUUGUCAUCAUCAGAUUUUUACAAACAUAUGUUCAUUUAGUUGGACCAGGCAUUAGAAUGAACAAGAAACUGAAGAAACAAAGGUGGUCUCAUCAUUUUUUCCAUGACUUUCGGAGCAAGUCACCUCAAGUUUAUACGUACCUCAGGGCUAGAGUAUGGGUAUAUUAUCGAUUGGUCAAGUUUUUAGUCUGAGAUUAUGGUACAUUUUGUCUUAAUUCAUUGAAUACCCCAUGGUUUGGUUAAAUUCUGGGCUUAUUUUAUAUAUAUAAGUUUUAAUUAUCUCACAACCGUCAAUUCUUGUCUCUGAACACAUUUACUGCAACACACACAUACAAGCACAACUUUUAUUUUUGUCUUAUGUGGCUUAUUUCCAAUGUACUGUAAGUAUAUGGUUGUUAUUUCAUGUCUAGAUGUUCUAAUAAUUCUAAAAUAUCUAUUUAGAAGGCCGUAAUUGGGUUUUGUUUGCCAUAACUACAUGAAAACUAUAUGAAAAUAUUACAUUUAUAGAGAAGGGAUCCAAUUAGUGGAAAUUCACUUAUCAGGGUCGCGUCUUGAAGCGGUUAACCACGAUAUAUGAGGGAUUACUGUACAUAUGGAAAAUUCAAGUAAGUCACAUUUCUUACUGUAAAAAAGAGGUUUUAUGAGUGUUGAAAUUUUUUAUACAAAUAGAACAA